UUUUUGGGGUGGUUUACACUAGAUUGAGUCCCUGCUGUGCUGAUCAGCGAGUGUCAACUUGAGGGAAGAGCAUGAAGAUUUUUGUGUUUCUGUUUCCUCAGUUUAACUUCUCUGCCCCCAAGGAGGAAGCAUAUUUCAAAAUGCGCAGCGAGGACGAGCAGCUCGCCUGCAGAAUGAAAGAGACACACUUGAGAAAUAAGGAUAAAAAAGGUCGACUCAGUCUUCUUUUGGCCAGGUCUGGAUCCCACGAAAAUGUCAGUCCCGAGAAGAAACCCCAAGCUAAAAGUAACCAUAUACCACCGGACGUGGCUAUGAAAUGGAGUGACUCAUUUGAGGACUUGCUGAGUCACUCAGAUGGUGUGGAAGUCUUUACACGAUUCCUGCGCACAGAGUUUAGUGAGGAGAACAUUGAGUUCUGGUUAGCCUGCGAAGACUUCAAAACCACUGAGUCUUCGACCAAGCUGCAGACUAAAGCCAAACAGAUACACGCUAUUUUCAUUGAUAAGGAAGCUCCCAAAGAGAUCAACAUCGACCAUUCAACCAAAGCUGCCAUUGAGAAGAACAUCCUUCAGCCCACCAGCUCCUGCUUCGACGCAGCGCAGCAAAAAAUCUACGGCUUGAUGAAAAGAGACUGCUAUCCCCGAUUCCUCGCCUCUGAUAUCUACCUGACCCUAACAAAGAGAUCAGGUCCACCUACUAUGACCAGGAGAAGAUCCCGCUCCUUCGUUUUCAAUGAACGUCCCGAAGGCACAGCGGCCUGGUUGUAGAUCUGUACUGUAAUGCUAGUUUUUGUGUUUGUACAGUUGAAGUCUGAAUUAUUAGCCCCCCUGAAUUAUUAUAUUUUUUAUAAUAAUCACACACAUGCAGGUAUUCACCACCAAGUUAAUGCUGCAUCAAUGAAAAAUAAAAAAUAGAACACAAAACACGAGAGAUUUCCUGGAACAGGAUCCAUCAAGAUGGCUCAAAUUAAGCACUGCUGGCAUGUUUCUAGCAUGAUUACUAUAUCUCUAUCAUAUUACUAGCAAGAUUAGCAUGCAACUAGCAUGUUACUACCAUGAUAAGCAUGUCGGCAGCAUGAUUAACACGUUACUAGCAUAUUGUUAGCAAGAUUAGCAUGUUACUAGCAUAUUGUUUACACGAUUCAGGCCAGUGUUUAUUUUGACAGCAAAUUUUGAUUUAGUUUUAGUCUUUGGGCUAAAAUUCUAGUUUAGUUUUAGUCAUAUUUUAGUCUUCUGAAUCAUUUUAAUUUUAGUUUUAGUCGACUAAAUUUCUUAAGAUUUUAUAUUUUUUUAUAUAUAAAUAUAUAUUUUGUUUAAUUUAAGUAAAUAUUGUAAACAUUUAUUUAUACAAAAUAUUCUAACUUAAAAUUAAAUUAACAGUUUCACUAAAAUAUGGAAUAUAGCUUUUCCAUUGAAGAGCAAAAAUUUGAUAUGCAUUGUUUAUUAAUAUUGUUUAUUAAACUGUGAAAUUAUGUGUCGGCAAGAACAGUAGACUACUGAAAAUGUAGGACUUUGCAAUUAUUUAGCAAACCCUUUAUUUUAACUUUUACUAUACACUUAAACGGAGUAAAUUCUCUAAAGGUCAGCAAGAAGCUAUACUGGUCAGUUUAGCAAAAGCACACACUCAGGUAAAUAAAAUAAGAUCCGAGUUUACCUUUGCUAAAUUUUGGGAUGAUUCCUUGCUGAUGUCGCUUUAGAUUUGUUACUGUCUUUUUGUUUUGACAUCAAACGUGAAUCUUCUUUUUCUCUUAAUCAGACAGACGCCCCUAUGGAAGAUGAUGUAAUUGCAUCCCACAUCUACUGUGGAUCAGUUACUUUUCAAAUGUGUGUGUGUGUGUGUGCGUCAUGCAUCACACACCAACAUUAAAUCUGAUUGAAUAUUUUCCAAAAAAACAUCCCUCAAUCGCAUUCUAGUUUUCAUCUAGUUUUCGUCGGUAGAAACUUGUCACGAAAAUUAUGACGAAAAUAACACUGAUUCAGGCAUAUUUAGCAUGUUGUUAGCACAAUUUGCAUGUUGUUAGCAUGAUUAGCAUGUUGCCAGCACGAUUAAAAUGUUGUUGGCCUGACUGUAGCAUGAUUAGCAUAUUGCUAGCAUUUUGCUAACAUGAUUAACAUUUUGCUAGAAUUAU